AUGAGCAGGUCAAUAUCAGCAGUACCAAGUUAUUCGUCCUUCAAUACCUCGCGGAAGCAAGCAUCCGCAGCAGCAGGGUCCUCACCCACAAAGAGCAGGAGGAGAGGGAAAGUUGAAAGACAGACUCUCAAGCUGUCGCAAGUCCUCAGGCAGGUACCGAGCUCUGUCGAGCCCAACAAGAUCAGUGUUGUGGAGAAGAAUAUAACAGAAGUCGAUCCCAUCCCUGACAAGUUCCUUGAUGUGGACAUCCUCUAUCUCAGCAACAACAGCAUCAACAGCUUGACAGGAUUCCGACAGUUUCGAAGGCUGAGAGUGCUGUCCGUUGCAUGUAACUGCAUCGAGUCGUUCUCAGAGCUGCAGGUCUUACAGGACAUUCCUCAGCUACAGUAUGAUGAGGAGAAUGAAGUUGUCGAUGCUGAUGAUGGAGUCGAGAUUGAACUAGAGGACGACGAGCUUGUGUGUUUGACAGGAGGCAUGACAGAGUUGCAGGUGCUCAACCUGGACGGGAACCCCAUUACUGUGUGGCCGUUCUAUCGGCUACAUGUUAUCAAAAACCUCCCGAAGCUCAAGUUGCUGGACAACAAAGAAGUCAAACCGUCGGAGAGAAACGUGCUCGACGUAGCGUUGAAGGAAGAGGCGGAAACGUUGAAGAUCAUGUUCAGCAACCACUUUCUGCAGAAGAAACUGGACGCUGUGAUUCAGAGGAUGCAGCUGCAUGCUGAGAUGAUGCAAGUCUUCUACGGCCGAGUGACGGCCUUAAAUCGUGCUGAGAUGCCUGACAUUAGAGCCAUCGACACCCGCAAGUCGAUCGAGAUGUGGGAUUUUGAGAGCUCCAUCGGCUCGAAGGAGCGCGACAGGGUGCUGGCGCACUUGAAAAUGCAAGUCCGGGCAGCGAAGAUCGACAACAGCAACAAAGACGUUGAUGUGUCUGCCUCCAUGUCGAUCCUUGAGAAAGAGAUGCAGCCAUCGAAGCCAAGGAAGCUUGCUCCUGAUCACGAGCAAUGGGAGAUGGCGUAUAAAGAGGUCCUCAUGGCCCAGCAGUCGAGCGUCAGCCGCAUGCUGGCGCGCGUGCAGGAGGUGAAGCUGGAGGCCGAAGACAAGAUGCGUGCUCUAGCCAACCAGGCCAACGUCAUCAUCAACCUCCGGCUGGAGCAGGAGGAGAGGGAGAGGAGGGCGCUGCAAGACAGGGAAUCGAUUAUCCGAGAGCUGAGGGCGCAAGUGUCAGCCAUGGCCUCGCACGGCAUGAGCAUCUCCACCAUCUCCCCCGUGCAGGGACGAGGAGGGCAGAGCAUGCGCGUCGCUUCCAAGCACGGCAUGAGCCCCGACAGGCUGCAGGAGAAGUCGCCGUCGUUUCUCCCUGGGCAGGACAAUUUCUCCUCGACACGGCGUGGGAGGAGGGAGGGAGAGGGAGCAAAGAAAGGGCUGUCGUUCGGAGGAGCAGAUCUGAGCUUCAGUGAGAAGGGUGGAGCAGGAGCAGGAGCAGGAGCAGGAGCUGGAGCUGGAGCUGGAGCUGGAGCAGGCAUUUCUUCUUCACUGGAGCACAAGUACAUUGUGCAGCAUGCUCAGGCCUCUGAUGAUGGGGACGAUGCUCUUCCGGAGGAAGAAAAUCUUCUGGAGCAGAAUUUGAAGCUAAAGGAGAGGGUAGAUGAAGUGAUGGCACAGAACAACGCCAACGUUGAGGAGGCGGAGAAGAGCAUCAAGAAGCUCCAGGAGGAUCUAGAGCGCAGCAAGACCGCCUCCAAGAAAUCUGCCCAGCAGCUCGAGGAGGAGCUGAGAACUGCCCGGGAGCAGCUGGAGAGGACCAGGAAGGAGCUGGAGAGCAGGGAGGAGGAGGAGAAGAGGAAGAUGAAGGAGGAGCUGGAUUUUCGACUUCAGGAGGAGCGAGAGAAGGUAGAGAAGAGCGCUCUAGAGUCUAGGAAGCCGCUGGAGGCUAAAGUGAAUGCGCUGCAAGCGAUGGUGGACGCUCUUUCGGCAUCAGAGGGCAGUGCGGAGCUGAUCUACCGGGAGCAACUGAAGGAGCUCAGCGAGAGGAAGGGAGAGCUGGAAGCGUCUUUGAGCAUAGCAAGGAACGACUUCAAGAAGCUGUCCAACGAGGCGGCAUUCGUAUCCUCCAAGGCAGAAGACUACCUGGCUCAGCUAAACAGGAUGAAGGCGACGGAGGAGAAGAUGGAGCGAGCAGUCGAUCUCUAUGAGCUGCUCGUCAUGCGAAGGAUGCUGCUGCGCUUCCGUCGGGCAGCUGCCAGCACCAGCAGAAGGAGGAGGGCGGAGGCAGCGGCAGUGCGCGCGGGAGAUCGGGGGGUGAAGAGGAGGGGCAUGCGAUGGCUGAAGAUUGCCUGCAAAGUGUCGAGGUUUGCGAGGAGGAUCGACGGUGAGUAG